GUCUAUCCUCGUUUUCUCGUAAAAAUCGAAUAAGCCGAAUCCAUCGUUACAGGAAGAAGGUUGCGGAUCUUAGAAAAAAGGCUAUUUCUCUUGAACGCGAUUAUUGUCUUCUUUCUUCGGAUAUUACUUCACUUAAAAGAGAGAACUCUAUCCUUCGGUCUCUUCAAGCUCAAGCUUCUCCGUUUAGUUUUCCCUCCAAAUAA